AUGGCGCCUAAGAAGACGCUGAAGGGCAAGUCGGGCUUCUUCGGCGUGAGGCAGAAGCCCUUCGGUAACUGGGGAGUGGAGUUCUCCAAUGCCGGGAGGCGUUGGUGGAUCGACACAUACCCCUCCGCCCACGAGGCCGCGCGUGCCUACGACGUGGCGGUGUGGCGUGCCGAGAGGCCUCGGGAGCACCUCAACUUCCCAGAGAUUGAGAGUCGGGUGGAAGCGGAGAUGCUUGUGCCGCAGGGCAUCAAGACGAAGGAGAUCACGACGAAGAAGAAGACGACGAAGAAGCCGUUGGUUGUCGUCAAUGCCGGCGAGACAGACGAGGAGGCGAUGGCGAGGUUUGCUCGGGAGCAUCCGGAGUACGUCCAGGCCGAGCUGGAGCACUACUGGAAGCGUGAGGCGGAGCAGAAGAAGAAGGAGGACGAGGCCGGUCCCUCGACGGUGAUCCCCAUCGAGUCCUCUUCCGAGGAGGACUCGACAGACUUCUCGGAGGAGGAGGAGGAGGAGGAGGAGGAGGAGGGGUGCAACGACUCGGAGAAGGAGGAGUUUUGGGAGCAGUUCCGCAGCUCCGACGAUGAGGAAUAG